ACUCAGAUGAGUCGUCCAGAUUUGAUUCUCUUUCUCAUGAAAUAUCUCAUGGCUUUGGUUGUUGGGAUACCCUCUGUCUUCUGGGUUGGAAGUAAAAAGACUUGUUUUGAGUGGGCUAGCUUUUUCCACGGACGCAGGAAAAAAGAAGUUGUCAAUGAGAGUCGUCAAGUGCUGCAGGAGCCCGACUUUGCUCAGUCUCUUCUGAGAGAUCCCAAUACCCCCAUCAUCCGAAAGUCACGGGGCACUUCGACCCAGGGCACCUCGACUCACGCCUCCUCCACCCAGCUGGCCAUGCUGGACGACCAAAGGAGCAAGGCAGGCAGCGUCCACAGCAAAGUGAGCAGCUACCAUGGCAGCCUGCACCGAUCGCGUGACGGCCGGUACACUCCCUGCAGCUACAGAGGCGUAGAGGAAAGACUACCUCACGGCAGCAUGUCACGACUGACUGAUCAUUCCAGGCACAGCAGUUCUCAUCGGCUGAACGAACAGUCGCGUCACAGCAGCAUCAGGGAUCUCAGCAGCAACCCCCUGACACACAUCACGCACGGGACCAGCAUGAACCGCGUCAUCGAAGAGGACGGCACCAGCGCUUGA